UAUAAAAACAUAUUUGAACUUAAUUUGAAUUCAAAACAUAUAAAGAUUGUAAAGCUAUUUUUAAAUCAUGAUGUGUAAGCGCCAAUCAUUCUUUAAUGCUAUAAAAGGGUUCUGACUCAAUAAUCUACAGCUGCCACAUCUGACUGUGACAUCUAUACUAUAUAUAGCUAUUAUUUUGUAAUCAAACUGAAAAUCACUAUUGCUGGUCUUGGACAAUAAUUGCAAGUCAUUUUUAAUGCCUUUACGUCAAAAAAAUGAUAAGGAUUUUUGCUGAUAUUGCUUUUUAGGGCAUAUCUAAACUUUUGGAAGGCGCUGUGUGUGAAUUUAUUUUUAAUAUUUUUAGUUUUAAACUGUAAAUAUGUUUGUACAAAAGAUUUUAUAUGAGAUGUUGUUUAUAUGUAAAUAAAUAAAAUACGUAAACUAUUUCGUUGUAUGAAAUUUGUUGUAUAAUGCUGUACAUUUCAUCUUUGUCUAAAUUAGUAAUGAAAUCUACUUCACUUUAAAGCUAUUUGAGUCUAUUUAUGAUCUGGUAAGGUGUGUGACUCAGUGUAAAGUUCAAGGCAGGCAUUGUCUGGCUCCUCCCCCUGCUGGAAACACACCUAUGUACUUUAUGCUCUAGUUCACUUUACGAGACUCACCGUAGGAGACGUGAAUGACUCUCUUCAUCUGCUGAAGUACAGGAAUGGAAUCUACCAUGAGUCUCCUGUCCGAGAAGCACUUCCUGUGCUCUCUGUGUGAGGAGAUCUUCAGUAACCCAGUGACAACGCCCUGCGGACACAGCUUUUGUAAAGCAUGUCUCCGUGUUUACUGGAGCCGCAGCGGGUCAGACGAGUGUCCGCUCUGUAGGAGGGCCUUUGGCUCCAGACCACAUAUCAGCGUGAACCGCAUACUGGCGGACGUCACUGAAAACUACAGGAAGACACGCUUGGCUGCUAAAUCCAAGUUCUUCAGUAUGGAUGAACUUCAGGAUGAACCUAAGAAUGCAGGAGAGGUGCAGAAAAUGAUUCAGGAAAGAUUUCAGAAGAUUGAGAAACUUCAGAAUUCCUUAAAGCUCCUAAAGAGCACAUGUCUUCGGGAGGUUCAGGAAAGCCAAAGGGUGUUUUCUUUUCUGUUGAGCACCUUAGAGAAGAACCAUAAACUGGUAGUGGCUGCUGUUGAGCAGAAACAAAAAGAGGCAGAGAAAAGAGUUGAAAGGCUUGUAAAAGACCUGGAGAAAGAAAUGCUUGAACUGGAAAAUGGACGCACCAACCCUGAGCACUUGGAUGACAAGGAGCGUCUUAAAAAGAGCUUCAGUGAUAUACCGCGAGCGAUGAGAGACUGGUCUAGAGUCACACUGGAGACUGAUCCUUGUGUUGGCUUCACCAGACAGGCUGUGGUGGACUUCAUGGAUACAGUCACGAUGGAAGCUAAAAGACUGUCUAAAGCUGAACUGAAGAGGCUGCAGAAGUACUCAGUUGAAGUAAAUCUGAAUCCUAGGACAGCUCACGCUUACCUCUACAUCUCUGAGGACAGGAAGGAGGUCAGACAUGCGAAUAAGCGACAAGAGGUCCCAGAAAACCCCAAAAGGUUUGACCGGGUGGCUAACGUAAUGUCCAAGGAAGCCUUCAGCCAUGGAAAGCACCUUUGGGAAGUGGAGGUUGGAGACAAGACUGACUGGGAUCUGGGAGUAGCCAAACAAUCUGUCAACAGAAAGGGGAAAUUUACUAUUUGUCCAGCCAACGGCUUCUGGAUGCUAAGCUUAAAGAAUGGCACCCAGUACAUCGCUAACACAUCCCCUCCAACUUUCUUCAGCCUCAGUCACAAACCUAAAAGACUGUCUAUUUACCUGGACUUUGAGGAGGGACGUGUGUCUUUCUAUUGUUUGGAUACCGGGAUUCAUCUCUACACUUUCAAAGAUACUUUCACAGAUAAGCUCCACCCCAUCUUCAGCCCGGGACGACCCCACGGGGAAAAGAACACUGCUCCCCUUAUCAUCAGCAGCAGCUGCUGCAGCAUCUGAAGCAAUAUGCUAGCUCUUACUGCCCCUUCUCUUUCUUUACCAUUGCCAUCAUAGGAUGCACUUAAUUAUUUAUUAAAUUAAAAUGUGCACUUAUAAAUAUGUUUAAAUGCAAUAGAAAUGACAUUAAAGUAUAUUUUUUGUUUACUAUAAUGUAUAGUCACUAUGCUCGCAAGUACAUUUUAACCAUAUUUAAAAAUAUUUUAAAGAUCAUUAUUAAAGUAUAUACAGUAUAAAGAUGUGUCAGCUAAAUGAAUUUAAUAUAAAUUUAAACUAUAAUAAAUGUUCAUGUAAUUGUAUUAGUAACAAUAAUUUAAUCGUUUAAAUC